AUGAACUCCCAAGGCAACAACGAUGUCUCCCCCGAGGCUAUGCAGUCGCGAAUUCAGCAGGCUCGUCGCGAAGCCGAAACUCUGAAGGACCGAAUUAAGAGGAAGAAGGAUGAUCUCGCCGACACAACUCUUCGCGCUGUCGCACAACAGGCUCAUGAGCCUAUUCCUAAGAACCAGCUUAUGAAAGCCAAGCGAACACUGAAGGGUCACUUGGCUAAGAUUUACGCCAUGCACUGGUCGACCGACAGGAGGCACCUGGUUUCUGCUUCUCAAGAUGGCAAGCUCAUCAUUUGGGACGCCUAUACCACCAACAAGGUCCACGCCAUUCCCCUGCGCUCCUCCUGGGUUAUGACUUGCGCCUAUGCUCCCAGUGGUAACUUCGUGGCUUGCGGUGGUCUCGAUAACAUCUGCUCCAUUUACAACUUGAACCAGCAACGCGAUGGCCCUACCCGUGUUGCCCGUGAGCUCUCUGGUCACGCUGGUUAUCUUUCUUGCUGUCGAUUCAUCAAUGACCGCAGCAUCCUAACAUCUUCUGGUGACAUGACCUGUAUGAAGUGGGAUAUUGAGACGGGCCAGAAGGUUACUGAGUUUGCUGACCAUCUUGGUGAUGUGAUGAGCAUCAGCCUUAACCCUACCAACCAAAACACCUUCAUCUCUGGUGCUUGUGAUGCUUUCGCCAAGCUUUGGGAUAUUCGCGCUGGAAAGGCCGUCCAGACCUUUGCUGGCCAUGAGUCCGAUAUCAACGCCAUCCAAUUCUUCCCUGACGGACACUCUUUCGUGACCGGAUCUGAUGAUGCUACUUGCCGUCUCUUCGAUAUCCGCGCUGAUCGCGAACUUAACCUCUACGGAUCCGAGUCCAUUCUCUGUGGUAUCACCUCGGUGGCUACAUCUGUAUCGGGUCGCCUUCUUUUCGCUGGUUACGAUGACUUUGAGUGCAAGGUUUGGGAUAUUACUCGAGGCGAGAAGGUUGGCUCUCUCGUUGGCCACGAGAACCGUGUCAGCUGCUUGGGUGUAAGCAACGAUGGCACAAGCUUGUGCACAGGAUCUUGGGAUUCUCUGCUUAAAAUCUGGGCCUACUAA